AUGGCAGACCAGCGUCCUCAGUCUUCGACCCCGUCAGUGGGUGAUCCCGGUCAUAUCCGGUUGACGAAAACACAGAAUCGGAAACGUCAGAGAGUAUCGGUGGCAUGUCGCUCCUGUCGGGUCCGCAAGUCUCGGUGUGAUGGCGCACGGCCGUGUUCAACAUGUGAAGAUAUGGACACGGAGUGCCGAUAUGAGCAGCCGCACAGCCAGCCUGUAGCGAUAACUAACCCCGGCAGCAGUGAACGGCAAGAGGAUGAUCUGCUCGAGCAGCGACUACAGGCAAUAGAAAAAAGAUUGCGGCUAUCUGGGCCAGACAAGCAGUUGGAUAGCUCUGAAAUGAAUGCAACCACCUCCUCAACAGUUCAGGAGAACCAUGAACCCCGACGUAGUCCAGGAAUGAAAGGGCCGUUGGAUCAAGACGAUGAAGUGGAUGGCAUGGGUGCCGUGGCACUCAAAGAUGGGGCUGACGAAGAAGAAUAUUUUGGUGCUUCAUCUAAUGUGGCAUUUUUGCGUUUCAUUCAUGCCGUUGGCGAUCCGGUCAACUCGGUCGAUAAUUUACCUCUUUCAAGCAUAGAUGUUUCCACCGAAGUUGGCCAAUCAAACGAUGACCGCUUCGAUGCAUUCCUGAGAAGACCAUCAGGUGUCAGCAGUCUAACCGAGUCCCAGGGAAGAGUUCGCGUGGAUCCCUUCGCGCUUGCCCCUCAAACGGAAGCAGACGCCUUGUUACAUUUGUUUUUCACCACCGUCAACCUGAUGAUUCCGUGCAUCUAUGAAGCCUCAUUCCGAGACACGUACAGGAAGCUGCAGAUCGACGGGGCUCUGUGUGUGCGGAGAUCCUGGCUGGCGACUCUGAAUGUCGUGUUCGCUCUCGCGACAAAUGUCAUGACGGCGACCUCACCGAACAUUGAAAGGGCCGCGAGGGCCAGUAUGUAUUUUGAGCGGGCGAUGGAAUUGGUGAAAUCAGAUAUCUUAGGGCGUCUUUCAUUGGAAAUGGUGCAAUUAUUCCUUUUGAUGGAGGCGUAUCUUGAAGGAACUACAUCUUCAUCGCUUGCUUGGACUUUACAUGGCCUGGCUGUGAAAGGGGCGUACCAACUUGGUCUUCAUGUCAUGGACUCAAAGAGCCUAUCGCAAACCGAUCGGGAAGUGCGCAGGAGAUCAUGGUAUUGGUGUGUUAUGAAUGAUCGGUUUCUGAGCGUGACUUACGGUCGCCCCCCUUUAAUUCCUUUGUCCCAUGUGAGAUUCGAGGCCAGCGCCUAUUUACCAUUCAGCAAUGUGUCCAGUGCCGUUACCGUAUCCAGCCUGGCUUAUUUCGAUGCUAUGAUAUCUAUUACUCACAUCAUGGGCGAAGCCCUGGAACGUCUCUAUGACUCAAACCUCGGACUUCGCACCCGUCUCCCCAUGGGUGAAAGCCUGCACCAGAUCUCCAAACUGCGCUGGAAUCUAGCCCAGUGGCAGGAUAAUCUCCCAUCCUGUUUACAAAUAACAACCUCCCAAGAUACGCUGGAUGAUGUUCCCUUGACGGUCGGAACCACGAGACUCCGCGUCCUACUUUCUCUCCGCUUCCUUGGUGCUAGAAUACUUAUUCUACGCCCAGUCCUCAGUCAAUUCCUCGAUUUGCCGGGCAUGACAGCCUCGAGCGAACACCAGUCGGAAUGGCUGCGGGACUCAGGUGCUAUUUUGCUGGUGGAUCUGGUCCGCACGUGCGGCGAUCUCCUACAAACCAGUAAGAAUAUCUUGGCUGGUUCCAGGAAUGAUCAGAAUCUGCUGGGGGCUUGGUGGUUUUCUUGUUAUUAUACUUUCAACUCCUCCCUUGCGGUCUUGGGAGUCCUUUUGAUCAAAAGGAUCCCCUCAUACUCCGAAAAAUUAUCUACCAUUUCCGUAUCUGAAUUGCGAGGUCUGCUCGAGACAGCCAUGGAAGUCCUACGUGGGUUGAACAAAGGCAGUGAGACCGUCAUGCGUUGUCGAGAUACGUUGACAAGGCUCAUCACCGCAUUUGAUUUUGAUGGUAACAAUGCUCAUCCAUUUAUUGACCACCACACUCAUGGGACUGACAAACCAAUGUGCAGCAAAUGUACCCGGAUUCGCACCGGCAUCAUUCUCACUAUCUCCAUCCAGCGCGUGGGCGUGGCAAUUUGUUAA